AUGCCUCGCAACUCUCGCGGCAGAGGCGGCUAUGACCGCCCAUACAGGUAUGAGGGUGAUAAUCAUUAUGGUGACCAGGGGUCGUCGCGUAGCAUGCCACGAGGUCGGUCGGCCCGCAAUGAUGAGUACAACAACAACAUGUACGAUGAUGGCCAGCCUUCGGGCGAGUAUGGUCGUCGAGAUCGUCAACCAAGCCGCGGCAGAGGAGGAUAUGAAGGCGAUGGCAGACGUCAACGAGAUUCUGAAGAAAAAAGCUUCACCACUACCCCCCCAUGGAGGUCCGUCAGCCGAAGCAGGUCCCAUAGCCCGGGACUCGACCCUGGCCAACCCUCUGAUACCGUGAUUGUCGAGAAUCUCCCUGCCAAUAUCCCCACCGACGUGCUUCACGAAUGCAUUCUCAACAACUCUGCCGUUGCUAACUUUAACGACGUUGAAGUGCGAAUUAAAUCUGCAAGAGGAGGUCGCAAUGCUUUCGUGCAAUUUGCUUCUGUGGAUGAGGCGGCUGCCUUUGUGAAGCAAUACUUCCCGUAUCUGCCCAUGCAGUUACCACGUUCUGAUGGCGCCCCGAACGGUAGAUUCGAGGCAUACUUCCAAUAUGCUCGAACCCGGGACGGGCCGGAGGAUCAACGCAAGAACGUUGAUGACUGGAAUUGCGCAUUUUGCAAUACUUCCAAUUACUCAACAAGGAGCUUCUGCAGGGGGUGUAGUGCGCGUCCCGUCGAUGAGUCGGAGUGGUUGGCUACGCUGACCGGCGCCACUGAUGCUGGCGACCAGCCCUCGCACAUUCUGGUGGUCUAUCCAAUCUUGCCGGACGUAACUGAGGCCAUGAUGGCCAGUGACAUGAAGCGUCUUGAGUUGGAAGCGCCCGCUCCCGUGAAGGACACGAGUCAAGGUGCACCUAAGCUCAAGUCGACAGCGCCAACAGAGAAUGCUGCUGGGUAUGGUGCCCGACCUGGAUCUCUUCACCGAGUCUUUUUGAUGAGAACCACCGCAUCCGACAAAUCAGCCAGAUAUGGCUUUGUAGAGUUCUGGACGGUCGAGGAUGCGAAUGCGGCCAUGAUCAAGUUCCGCAAGCUCAAGUCCUUCUCUGUCGCAGCCUACCCUGCCACGGUAUCCCACACCCACAUGGGGGUCUUCUCUGAGGAAGAUCGCAAAGCCCAGCCUGAGAUAGAGAAGGAAUCGUUCAAUCCUCUCAUGAACCCAGCAAAACGCGUUCGCUACCGCGAUGUUCGCCUUUACCCUAGCCAGUUCAUCGUUACACAAGAGCCGCCGGAGGAUAAAUCUGCUGCCCAGACCGCAGACAAAAGUGCUACCGAGGCUAAGAAUACAACCGGUGGUGCCCGUGAUGCUAAUCACGCGAAGAAGCGCAAGCCCGAAGGGAUUGUCGCCACACCAUCGAAGAAGUCUUCGUUAGUUGGGCAUAUGGAAAGAUGGCAACGCAGGCAAGAUGAGCUGUACGGAGCUAAGGAUUCGUCACCUGAAAGUUUUGCCACCGCCAGUUCUGUCAACAGGACACCCAUCAGCGCAUCGCCCUUGAAGAAGUCUACCAAGGCGGGUCGAGAACCUCCUAUCAAGUUUAAUUUGUCUCUCAAUGCUUCUCUGGCUCAGCCUGCUCCUCCGGCUGGACCCCAAUGCUCAGAGGAGCAUAGUAGCCCUGAAAAGCGUGACAAUUUAUCAUCAGCAACUGAUGACGACGUAGCCGUCGAGAAAGAUGAGGUUUCCUUUAUUGACCGAGAUAGGCUCAUGUGCUACUUGUGCGUGCUCAAGUGGACCCAGCUUAAGCAUGUUGAUUUGCACGAAAAGACGGACAAACACAAAGCGGCCAUGAAUGACCCCGCUAUGGUUGAGAAAGCGCAUGUGUUGAUGGCGAAGGCGCAAAAGGCUGCCAAGCAGAAAUCUUCGGAGGCAGCUUCUACUCCUCAGUAUCGUGACCGUGCCAAAGAGCGACGAGAGGCGUACAGCAAGUCCGGCAUGUCGCGCGAGCAGGAUGAAGCUGGCAGCAACGGCCCUCUGGAGCCCAUGCCAACCCCGACCAAGCAGAAGGCUCCCAAACCCGCGCAGUCCAAGGGAGCUGGCAUGCUGGCCAAGAUGGGCUGGACUUCAGGGGCUGGACUGGGUGCCAACGGCGAAGGCCGCACCGAAGCCAUUGCGAUGAAUGCCUAUCAACAGGGCGUAGGACUUGGCGCCGAGGGGAGCAACCUCGGCGAUGCGGCUCAGCUGGCGGAGCGCAAAACAAAAAACGACCCCGGCGACUACCGCGCCAUGGCCCAAGAAAAGGCGAGAGAGCGGUUCAUGAAGAUGGGCUAA